AUGGGAGCGACAGUGAUCAAGGCGGCGCAAGCCGUGGGGAUAGAGGAGAAGCCAGAGCAGAAGAAGCCGGUUCUGCCAGGAGAGGUUGAAAAGUCCAUCGCCCUUGGUCGCUCUGCAUUGAUUCGCAAUCAGAAGAAAGCAGCCAUCAACCUCGCCCGCAUAUCCAAGGACAGUGACCGAGUGAGAAAUCACAUCGUGGAUGAAGGCGGCCUCGGACCACUGAUACAGAUGACGCACUCCAAGUCAUUGGAAGUACAAACAUGCGCAGUGAAGACUCUGGCAGAGCUCGCCAAGACGAGUAACAACAGGCAGAAGAUGCUUGAAAAUGGAGCGAUACUUCCCCUGUUGGAAGGUCUGAAGCACAAAUCCUACGAAGUCCGAGGGGCUGCGGUUGCAGGGUUAGGGCAGAUUGGCAGGUUGGAAGAAGCGAGGUUCCGCGUCAUUGCAGAAGGAGCGACACAGGGGAUCGUCAAGUUCUUGCUUGAGGGGGACAAGGACAAUUCUUUGGAAGACGAGAUCAUGUGUCUGGAGACAAUCUACCAACUGUCACAGCAUCCCAAGAAUCACACUCGAAUGGUGAAGGACAACAUCUUGCCAGCGCUGUUCGACGUGGUGCACUCGUCGUUGAAGUCAAACAAGCACAAGACGUUGGCCAUGAAGACCAUCUCCGAGCUCUGCAAACAUGAGGGUAACCACAAAAAGAUCAUGGACUUCGAUCAGCAGAGCGGGAUCAAACGCAUCAUCAAGUUGUGCGAAUAUUACCAUGAUGCUGUCCGUAUCUAUGCGGCGAAAUCUGUGGAGUUCCUUGCUGUCAACCCUUUCUUGGUGCAGAAACUGACAGAAGAAGGGGUGAGGACUUUGCAUUUUUGUGCUUCCUUGGAGAGCCUCACCCGCAAAUAUCGUUACAGGUCUUGGAUCCUUUGA